AUGUCUAUGCAGCCGUAUUCUGAUGAAGAGCUGAACUACUUCAAGUUUGCGUCGAUUGUCCUAAAGGAAUUCCCAGAUGCUUUGCGUAGCAUCUUUGUAGACAUGUGGGACACCAAAGUUGCAGCAAGUUCCACCGUUUGGGAUGACUCCCCUUUUGUACGCAAUAUACUCCACAACAACGAGGCUCCAAACACAAAAAUCCCCACGAACAAGUCAUUUAAAGAGUGGCACUGCACUGCACUAUUUCAAGCCACUCUGUAUGCAAGAACAUUUGCGCUACCAGACAGCACAGGAAAGAAAAAGACACUUGGAGAAAUUUAUUUAAAAGGACGAAAGCCAGUCCCUGCUCCAUUCCACUCUGCAGUGAGAAGCUCGAGCGGAGAUGCAAAUGAAACGAUUGCGCUUGCCUUUGACCAGCUCCGUCUUUUACGAAACAGUCUUUGUCAUACAACCAGUCCUUGUAUGAAUAAAGUCACGUUCGAUGACUAUGUCAAGCACGCCAAGGACGCGUUCACUGCUUUGAAUUUUAGCACGACAUCUCUGGAGAGGAUUGGCAAUUUGAAGGAAUCGGAUUUUCCUACAAACAAAGUACAAAAACUCAAGGAAAACAUCAGUCGUCAGAGAAAUGACUACCACCUGUUUCUUCAAAGCAAGGUUAUAGAUGAAAUGAGUGGAAUAAAAGAUGGAAUAAGUAGAAUGAAAGAUGAAAUGAAAGAUGGAAUGAAAGAUGAAAUGAGUGGAAUGAAAGAUGGAAUGAGUGGAAUGAAAGAUGAAAUGAGUGGAAUGAAAGACGGAAUGAGUGGAAUGAAAGAUGGAAUAAGUGAAAUGAAAGAUGGAGUUAGUAAAAUGAAAGAUGGAAUGAGUGGAAUGAAAGAUGGAAUAAGUGAAAUGAAAGAUGGAGUUAGUAAAAUGAAAGAUGGAAUGAGUGGAAUAAAAGAUGGAAUGAGUGAAAUGAAAGAUGGAAUGAGUGGAAUGAAAGAUGGAAUGAGUGGAAUGAGAGAUGGAAUGAGUGAAAUUAAAGAUGAAAUGAGUGGAAUGAAAGAUGGAGUAAGUGGAAUGAAAGAUGGAAUGAGUGGAAUGAAAGAAGGAAUGAGUGGAAUGAAAGAUGGAAUAAGUGAAAUGAAAGAUGGAAUGAGUGAACUGAAUCAAAAACUGAAUAGCAUUGAAGGAGUAUUAACACAGACAAAAGAAACCACAGGUAUGUUAGUUAUGUAUAAUUAUAGUAUUAUACCUCAACAAUUGAUUUUCCAUUCCGAAAGCUGCAUUUAUACCAUAUGAUCAAUAACUUUAUCGUUGAAUUCCUUCAGCUAUUGUUUUUCAGCCUCAUAUUGAACAUAAGUUGAUAUGCCUAGCUCCAGUGGGGGUAAUAGCGAACUUAAGCAAACUUAAUCCAGUACGGGGACGUGUCAAGUAACUGCCUUAAAUUUUACACUUUUAUAAUUAUAAAGAACUACAAGAUGAAGUGCGUGGAAUAAAACAUAAAAUAAGUGUUGUGGAACAUGAGGUGAAAAGCAUUAAUAAAAAAUUAACACAGACAAAAAAACCCACAGGUAUGUUGUUUAUGUAAUACUUUACCUUAAAGUGAUUUUCCAGACUGAUGCGCACGCAGUUAUGAAUAGAAUGUCCACAGUCCCGUUUGUCCCACACCCUCUCCCGUGCCAGUUCCCCGUCCUCCCGCUGCACUACAUGUAACCCCCAAAAAGGACGGUGGCGCGUUCUAGGCCUGCGAUUAUCAGUUGACUAGAAAGUAUAUCGGACUAGAAAACGAACGAUCGCGGGACCGAUUCCCAGCCGCGGCCAAGUAAAUUUUUCUCUGAUUAUCCGAUAUCGAUUGUCGCGUUACUCGGAGUAGCACCUAAUAUCCUUAAUUUGGUUUAAUUUUGUUAUUAGUAAGAUAUCUGCGAAUGGUUUUUAGUGGAAAAGAAGGUAUACAUUGGUAUUCUUGUUUUCUUCGACUAAAUGUGUACCACGCUACUAAUAUGCAUUUCAAAUCAUGCAUUUCUUGUCUGUUUCAAGUAAAAAUGCCAUAUAAUAAACUUUUUGUUAACCUCUCUUGCUCGGUAUAUACAGAGAAAUAUCGGACCUCAGUCUUUUUCAGUGACGUAACUAGAGGGGGCCACUGGGCCGGGCCCCCUGGCAAAAUUAUUGCCCCCCGCUGGGAAAAUUCAAAGUUAGACUUCAUGGUUAAAACACCAACCGACGGCUUUUUCCUUUCUUCUUUGUUAAAACACGCGCGCUAAAUUUAUAUGCUCAAACUUUUCGGUGUUUGGAAAUUUCAAAUUUUUCGUCCUGUUGGCUCAAAUUGUAGUCUCUUAAUCGAAACACAUAGAAAUUGUUUUCAGCUUUUAACAUUUUCAGCAACUAAGGAGAAUUUGGUAAAUUUUAACUUACUAUUAUUCGAGGCAUUAUCUUUGAUUAUCAAAAUAACAACAAGCAAGUUGGUCGUACGUGCAGGGUUUUACUUUAUCAGCAAAUCCAUGUCACAAGGCAAACUUAUUAAAUAGGUUAAUCAGGGCCGUAGCAACCAAGGGGGGGGGGGGAGGGGCGAGGGGCUGCGUCCCUCCCACAAUAAGUGGUUCAUUAUAUCCAUGACAAACUGCAAAGAAUGAAGAUAUUACCCAUACUUUCCUGCAACUUAUCCAAAAUAUAGUUAAUUAAACACGCCUUCGCCCAGUUAGUACUACUAAAUUGUAAAUUUCGUACUAAAACAUUGUUUUCUGACCAUCAGAAUUCUGUCAAAUCUUCCCCAAAGUUCAGGAAAUGGCAUUUCAGAGACUCUAAAUUUAAAAAUUUCCUCGGGCGUUCGGUCCUUGCUUUUAGCUCCCCCAAUCACUAUAUAAGAGUUUCUUACCGCACUGGUUAACGUGUGGCUCAGUGUGAAUAUUUUAUUCCUUAUAUAGCGUUAACGUUGUUAUACCUUUGGUAUUCAAUUUAACGUUUGUUGUAUUUGCAGUUUUACAAUUAAACAAAACUAAUUGGAUGUGCCUAUGUGUACGUACUUUGUUUUCUUCUUUUCAGUUUUCAUCUUGUUUGAAGUGCCCCCCCUGAUUUUUUUCGCCCCCCUUGGCCAGAAAUCCUGGCUACGCCACUGGCCUUUUUGUACAAACCUCACCCUACGGGCUCGGUCUGUACAAAAAAGUCCUCGGUCCGAUAUUUCUCUGUACAGACCUCGCGUUCGGUUAAUAAGACGUUCUUAAUGCGUCAAAUUUGACCAGUCGACUUGUAGAAUUGUUAUAUUCACUUGUGCAAAAAUACUAAAAGCUAAUAUCCUGCUAGUAGAGAGCCAAUUCAGAUUGUGUUAUCUCCAUUGUGUCAUCUCCAUGUUCUAUCUCCAUUGAAAUAUAUUAAUACCAAAAACAAUCGAACAUCUACCUCAUAACUUUUGCUAUGAAUUUGCCAUAAAUUUUUGUCAUGUUUCCCUGAUGUACAUUUUAAUAAAAAAAAACACAGUCACGAUAACGAGUGAGCAAUGUGGCAGCAUUACGUCCAGAGCGAGUUUGGCGUAUGCUAUGGUAUAUUAUACACUUAAUUAAUGUCUGCUCACGAGGGAAAUAGUUUUGCUUUCCCGAGAGUCUCAAUAUUUCCCGAGACGAAGUCGAGGGAAACAUUGAGAUUCGAGAGAAAACAAAACUAACUAUUUCCCGAGGGAACAGACAUUAAGUGUUUUGUUAUAUAGCGACGAACAAAAAUCAACUUCAACAACAUUCAUAUGCAACAAUUGUUUUUCGUGGCAAAAACUCUAUAGAGUAAACGAGUUUAAAAUUAAAGAACCUACUUAAACGGUUUCGGCAGCAUAUCUUGUUUCCUGUUCUGUAUUUUUCUUCCAUUUUACAUUCUUUAUUUUGUUUAUUUAUGUACGUGGCCGGUCGGGGCGGGCAACAAUUUUUCACUUGUUGCCCGGCGGGAAACAUUGCAUUUAUCUGAAGUCACGUGACCACAAAUCAGGCAAUCACGUUUGGUGUUCACGCUAGCUAUAUAACAAACAUGGUUUAAUUUAGUAAGCACAUAAUGUGUGCUAUAGUACUUUGUAGUGUAGAAAAUACACUGAAACUGAAUUCUAAUUUUUAAACCAGAAUUUUUUAUCAAAAUUCUUCUGGCCAGUCUAAAGUUUGGAUUAGCAGAGUUUGUUCUGAUUAAAUAGUUAUAUUGUUAAAGCACAAGAAAAUGUAAAUCUGAUCCCUGGAACCCCAAUUGGUCAUUGUCCUUUAAGGUGGUUGGAUAUAUUAAUACACACAAAAUCCCUUACACAAGAACCGCAAGAACAAAACGUUACGUAAUAUGAACAAAUCCUAAUAUUCGCGCAAUUGUACGUGGUUAUAACGCGUUCCAUGUCAAUUGCUCACUCAUUAAUUAUUUAAUUCGUGCGGUGACUUAUGUUGAAAUUUUGCACGCUGUAUUGUCUAUAUACCUCCUCCGCAGGCCUUUUUAAAAUAUAUAAUUGGUGGGAAACGAACGGAAAGGCCUGCAUGCUGCGGACUAAUUUUCCAAAAUGGCGGGAGCCACAAACCGAAUUAUUUACCAGAACAAUAUUAAUUAUUAUUAAAGUCUUUAACUAUUUCUGAUUAGACCGCUUUUCGUAUCCGCAAUAUACAUAAAAACAGUGAAUACUGAACAAACAAGCAUACAAUGAUUUAUAAAAGCCAAAAAAUCGACAUGUUAUUCAACAGCCCUUACAGCAGCUUCGUCUCAGAUUUCAAAUUUUAACCUGCGAACGGGCAUACUGAUUACGGGUUGUAUGGCCUGGGGAGGAGGUAGCUGUAUUGUACUGCAAAAGUCUUUCAAUAUACCAAAAAUAAAACAUCUGUAAUGCAAAAAAAUUUUAUCGAAAAAACCCGAGAAUUUUGGGUUGUUUUUUGUAUAUUGCUUAUAGUACUGUAAUAGUCUAUGUUGUAAGUAAAAUAUUCCACGAAAAAAAUUCGGGAUCACUGUGCUUCUUUCCCAAUCACACAAACCAAUAGGCUAUUGUAGAGUGAAUUUCGUAAGCGCGUGUUGCUAUAGUAACGAACUCCUGCUGCCUCCGACACAGUCUAGACCUGCGAUCAUUAGUUGACUAGCGGGAUAGAUUCCCAGGAACCGCCAAGGUGCAUUAUGUGCAUGGUUUCACUUUGCAGAUUCUUCUGUCUCGGCAAAUAAAAAUAAAACUCUCUUCCGCCUGUCACUCGGCCCGUCCGUCUGCCAAUCAUAUUUUUCGUUGUUAUUUUCUUUAUUUGUCCGCAUGUUCAUUUGUUUAGGCCAAUGCACCACGACGGUGGACUCCGAAUUCAAAGAUUUUAACGAUGUUCUUUUACUGACAGUGGACGACACGGAGUUUAAAGAAGCGCAAAAAAUAUUAGACAAUGUCAAAAUACCAAGCAAGAAAGACGAAAGUGUCAAAAACCGUUGCUUUGGAGAAAUCGGUAGCAAUAAAGUGACGGUCUUGAAAGUUCCACACUUCGGCAAGACCGGCACUUCCUCAGGUCAUGACGUUCUGGUUUAUGACACAAUCCAAGAACUUAAACCAAAAGCUAUUGUUAGUCUGGGAGUUUGCGAUGGUGUAAGGAAAGAAGCACAUUUCCUUGGUGAUGUCGUGGUGUCAUCACAAGUUUACUUUCUUGAGCAACAGGAUGACGAUUUGUCAAAUUUUAAUCGUACAACGUAUGACUGCAAUUUGGGAUUGGUGCGUUUGUUCGACCGUGGGAAAUUUGCGUGGGUUGGUCCUUGUGAAAAUGUGGUAGUUCCAAAAGUCCAUGUUGGUCAGUUGACGACAGGUUUACAAGGUGGUGACGACAAAAAGAGGAAAUUGCACAAAGCGGGAACAAUUGGAGUAGACAAAGCGUCAAAACGUAGGUAUACUAAUGCGAGCGAUCGGAAUGAUUUCCUAUUGGAAAACUGGUAUAUUGUCAGAAGCGUCGUCCCGGGUAAAUUCUCUAAAUAUUCCAGAUCCGAGGAGCAACCGGUUGUGUAGUAAGAAUAAUUAAAUAGUCAGGCCCUAUUUCUAAUGAAAAGACGCAACCAAUUUCAUAACUAAUAUCAUUUUAGUCAAUUUACUCGUUUGUAUUGGUUAAAAACUGUACCGAUUAAAGAUUUAUCUGGACGUAUACAAGCACGCGUCCAUUUCGCACGGUCAGGUGAGUGCAGAAAUAUUAAACGCAAAAUCUAAAUAAACAACGUGAAAAUUUGUAUUACUGUCUCAGCUUUUAUUUAUGUUCAAAUACAGAAGAUAAAGAAGAAAUAAAGAUUAUUUACAGAUUUUGUAGGUUUGAAUUGAAAUUUAAUGUCAGAAAUUACUCUCGUGCUACGUACUCGCAGUAUUAUAAAUAUUUCGCGACACACGCGUUAUUUACACUAUUCAAAAGCACAUUAUACAUUCAAAUGCUCAAGGUGGCUGGCAUUCCAUCAACGCGUGAGCUUGGAAUAUCAGUACCUAUACAGGGAUCGAAUCUGUAAGUUUCUAAUGACAAUUAGACGCCCUAAUACGAGGCUAGAGGAGAGAUGAAGCUCGUCAGAAAUUUAACAGAAACAUGUCACCUUCGGGUAGCCCUAUCGUGUGUAAGACAUGAAUGUUUUUGAGUUCCCAUGUUUCCCUCGAAUAUCAAAUAUAACCUCAGUUUUAUUUUUUUUAGGGGUAUAUGCAACUUGUCAGAACUCUGGAGUACCGUGGCUGUCCUGUAAAUCUAUUGCAAAGUGGGCAAGUGAUGACUGUCAAAAUUCGACUUGGUGCCAAUUUGGUGCGGCAGUUUCAGCUUCUUACGUUCAACAUGUACUGAAGAGAUUUCAUAUUCCAGACGAAGUUCAAGGUAUGUACACGGUUACCAAAUAUAUGGAGAAUAAUACGCGCAAAAACACCUGGACUAAAAUUUUUCUUGUUAGUCUAAAAUUAAUGGUGUUUAGAGUAACUUAAUGUUCCUUGAUAAAUUUCCUAGUUAAUUUAACCACAGUACUGGUUGUUUGGUCACUAUUGUGGCGAAUCUAAACAGGAUUCCUGGUUCAUUUAAGCAUGUUAUAUGGUUAAACUAUCGAGAUUAUGUUAGAUGGAUUAUUAACCAGGAAUAUAACAUUUUGAAUGAUUUGGUACACAUGUUUUCAAAUUUCCUUUUAAAACAACUUUCAAACACUGAAAAAUCGCGCCGCGUGUAGCAUCGCGUCUGGUGUGGCUCGGCAAUAAUCAUCACAUGUGCAACUGAUUCAGCGAUAAUCAUCACAUGUGCAACUGUCAUAAGUAAUUUCACAACUGAGAUUAUUACUUUCAUUAGUAACGGAAAAUUAAUGAAAAAACCUAUUUUAUAUAUACAUUUAAUAUAUUAUACUGCAACUUUAAAUUGUUCAAUCAAAAAACAGCACGUAUGCCACAUGACGUUAUAAUUUUGUACCAAAUUCUAUGAUUACGUAAUUAUAAUGCAGCUUGAGAUAUCAUCUGUCGGUCUAUAGGACUAACAGUUGAAGGGUUUUUGUAGAUGGAAAUUUCGAGCGGAAGAUUAUAAUUUUUUACUUAACCAGAAGCAGCUGCGAAAAAUACAUCUAUAGGCCCUCUGGCUGGAAUUGAACUAGCCUGAGAGGCAGGCUCUGGUUAGGGGAACGAAGAGCCUGCAGUUGCUUCUAAUAAAUUUUCGUGCCGCCCUUACAAUAAAUUCAAAUUCGCUUUGUAGAUUGACCAAUCAUAUCAGAGCAGAAUUUUGUUGUUUUCCUGCUGCGAAAUGUCAAUCACGCACGAGUCUGGCGAUAUAUGUCGACUUCAAUAAAUUAAUACAGGGAUGGCAAACAUCAGAGUUUUUGUUAAAAGCAAUUUUAUAGUUAGAGCAAAUGCAUUUUUUCGCCCUGAGUUUUUCUCGAGAAAACUAAUCAAUAUGCUUUGAGCGAAAAAUUAACCGGGAAUGCAAAGCCUUCUGCAAGUCGGCAGUUGUUUGAAUCUGUAUUCUUAAACAACAUUGUACAUAGGGAGAUUAUUUUAAAGUUUAUUGUCCAAUACUAAACACUUUAGUGAGGAGCGCUUACAACUUGCAAAAUUGCAGGUAAUGAAAAUGAGCGAGCAUUCAACGCUAUAUUACUUUCGCAACAUCAACACUUAUUCGGUGCAGAAAUCCUAGAAUAUCUGCACUCGCGCAUAGGAUGUUGUUACAAUUCCUGUACUUGCUGA